AUAGUGACAGCUUGGGGUCAGGAUAAUAAACUACUAAGCACAGAAGUCCACUGAGUCGACUUUGACAUAUAACUUAACUCUGUUCAUCAUUCCUUAUUAAACACUCUGAGCUGUAAAUUACUUUCUUUAGCACUAACUACCUGAGGUAACUUUGGAAAUGAAUGGGCCAGUGGAUGGUUUAUGUGACCACAGCCUCAGUUAUGAAGGAGUCUUUAUGUUCACUUCUGAAUCUGUAGGGGAGGGACAUCCUGAUAAGAUAUGUGAUCAGAUUAGUGAUGCGGUAUUGGAUGCCCAUCUUAAACAAGAUCCAAAUGCUAAGGUUGCCUGUGAGACUGUGUGUAAGACAGGAAUGGUGUUGCUUUGUGGUGAGAUUACUUCCCUAGCAGUUGUGGACUAUCAAAAAGUAGUGCGAGAUGUUAUUAAAGAGAUUGGUUAUGAUGACUCAGCAAAAGGCUUUGAUUACAAGACCUGUAAUGUCCUGGUGGCAUUAGAGCAGCAGUCCCCAGACAUUGCACAGGGGGUACAUUUAGAUCGACAUGAACUGGACAUCGGUGCAGGUGAUCAGGGUCUGAUGUUUGGUUAUGCUACUGACGAGACUGAGGAGGCCAUGCCACUGACCAUUAUCCUUGCUCACAGACUCAAUGCAAAGCUAGCAGAAUUGAGACGGAAUGGCGUUCUUCCAUGGCUCCGGCCUGACUCCAAGACUCAGGUAACAGUCCAGUAUAUCCAAGACCAAGGAGCAGUCAUUCCUGUACGUGUGCAUACCAUUGUGAUUUCAGUCCAGCAUGAUGAAGAUGUCACAUUGGAAGUGAUGCAGAAAGCUCUUUUGGAAGAAGUGGUAAAGUCAGUGGUUCCUGCCAAGUAUCUGGAUGAGAAAACCAUCUAUCACCUGCAGCCAAGUGGGCGCUUUGUCAUAGGUGGUCCUCAGGGUGAUGCAGGUGUUACUGGCAGAAAGAUCAUUGUGGACACAUAUGGUGGAUGGGGUGCACAUGGUGGUGGCGCUUUCUCUGGGAAGGACUACACAAAGGUUGAUCGAUCUGCUGCAUAUGCUGCUCGUUGGGUUGCAAAAUCUUUGGUUGCUGCAAAACUAUGUCGACGUGUUCUAGUCCAGGUGUCCUAUGCAAUCGGUGUAGCGCAUCCUCUCUCCAUUUCCCUGUUCACCUAUGGGUCAUCUGACAGAAGUGAAAAAGAGCUUCUUGACAUUAUAGAGAAAAAUUUUGAUCUCCGACCUGGAGCAAUUGUGCAAGAUCUUGAUUUGAAGAGGCCAAUCUACAGAAGUACGGCAUGUUAUGGCCACUUUGGAAGGAAGGAGUUUCCCUGGGAGGUGCCAAAGCAGCUUGUGUUUUGAAUAUGUGAUGCCAGUAAUCUCUAACCAGACAGUGCCAUUACGUUCACUUCACCCAGUCAGGUUUCCUCAGGUUUCUACUUGGAGAGUGAUGCCAAAUCAAAGUUGUUCAUUACUGUGCAUGGGGAGGAGCUUGUCAGAUAACCACAUGUGAAUGAGUGGAAACAGCAAUAAAAUAUACUGUUUGAAAAUCUGAUUUACACAGUAACACAUGUUUACAGUCAUCUCCUCAUAUGGAGUAGAAUUAGUUUUUAGUAGCUAAGAGGUGCAUACUUACAACCCAUAUUUAAGGUUCAUUUUUAGUUAUUUGCAUUAUCCAGUUUUUGGUAUUAUUAAUCAUGCAAACUUUAAAUAUUCAGCACUUUAAUGAACCUGAUAAUAUUAUCCUUGUCUGCCUUGUAUGAGUAACAAGUGCCUGUCAGCAGUUGGAUUUUUGUAAUAGCUUUAGAAUAAAGCUAUCUUUUUAAAAUAUCUUUAGAAAACGUUUCCCCUCAUGCGGGACACCACACUUUAACAAAGAGUGAUUGUACAGCCUGUGGAAUAUAAGAAAAUGUUACAAAAACUCUAUACUGUAAUAGCAGUUCCCAUUUGAUGAACUGCAUCUCAUGUUAGCUUAUCUUUAUGCAUACUUGUGAAAUUAGUACCUUUUCUGUUUAUCCGUUUUAUUGUACAGAGGCAUGCCAUUUUAAUUCUAAGUUAUGAAACUGUCAGAACAUUAGUAGUGUACAGAUACAUUUUCAGGCUGUCCAGUAUAUGCAUCUCUAAAUCUUUUUAUGUUUUAUAUCAGGAAAAACAUCUAGCCAAAUACCUCAUUAAGCUCCUAAUGUGAAUUCUUCUGAAUAAGGAAAUAAUGAGCUAAUACCUUUUUUCUUCGGAGUUCACUGCUUUGGCAAAACAUUAGUCACAACAGUAACGUUUCUGGGACCAAGCUGCCUAGUAUUUUAACCUAUGGCUGAAGUAACUGCGGUACAUGCAUAUUUUCCCACGGUUAUUUUGCAGUAUUGUUUGGUGAACUGAUCACAGAAGAUGGACUGGUCAAUCUAAUCAUCUGUUUCUAAUAAUUUGGAUACUAUGAGUAAAGUGGUCAGGAGCUUCUUUUUUUAGGUUUGCCUUUUACUUUAUAAGUUUUCAUUCACAAUGUGAUGUACUACAGAGUUUUGCAAAAUAAAAAGUCUAGCAGCUCUUUUUACUACAAUGUCGCAAUAGAGUAGACAUCCUUUUCAGUGGUAUAUUCAGUUAAAUUAAAUUGUUUAGCAGUUAGAGUAUAAGCCAUGCUUGAACAAUAAAGGGUUAUGUGUG